UGAUGCUGAGUCGCAAGCUUUAUUUUCCUCUCGCUAUAUAAAAGCUGAUGCUGUGUGGAGUGCCGCAGUGCUACUGAUUGUGGUCGGAGAAACAUGAGUUAUAUUAUGGAUAACCUAUACGGGCCCGGUUAUUACCGUAAGGGCCAAAUAACUAUGCGGACAAGGACAACUCCAGUGUCAAGUGGUUUCCACUCUGCGGGUCUGUCUCGCAGCUCGGUCUCCUCCGGUUACCGACGCACAGGUGGGCUUUCUGCUGACAGCUUGGAGCCCUUCAACGGAGAGCCAAGGUCCCGCAGCGAGAAAGAGAUCCUUCAAGCUCUUAAUGACCGGUUUGCCGUCUACAUAGAGAAGGUGCGACACCUUGAGCUGCAGAAUAAACACCUGGAAGCGGAGGCAACUGCGCUGCGACAAAGUCAAGCCGGGCGCUCAUCCGUCGGCGAGCAUUAUGAUCGUGAGCUCGGGGAACUGCGGGACACAAUCGCUCAACUCACCCAGGAGAAGGCUCAGUUUUUCUUCGAACAACAGCACAUUGACGAGGACCUACAGCACAUGAGGGCAAGGCUUGAAGAUGAGAUGCGAGGACGCGAAGAACUUGAGGCAGCCAUCCGUGCCGUGACCAAGUAUAUCGAUGAGUCCGAACUUGCGCGUCUGGAGCUCGACAAAAAGAUGCAGUCCCUGCAGGACGAGUUGGCCUUCCAGAAGAAGAAUCACGAAGACGAGGUGAACGACCUGCUCACGCAGAUCCAGGGUUCGCAAGUGACCGUCGAGUCCCGGCAUCAGCUGAAGGCUGACUUGACCAGUGCCCUCCGUGAAAUCCGCGCGCAACUGGAUGCUAAUGCGUCCAUGAAUUCAGCUCAGGCGGAGGAAUGGUUCAGAGUUCGAAUGGAGAAAUUGUCCGACGCGGCCCAGUUCAACGACGACGCUAUCCGCGCAGCCCAGGAUGAGAUGUCCGAGUACCGCAGGCAGCUGCAGAGCCGCAUCGUGGAGCUGGAGACCCUGAAGGGCACUAGGGACUCGCUGGAGAGGCAGUGCUGCGAGACUGAAGACCGUCACCAAGGAGACAUGGCAUCUCUCCAGGAUACCCUUCAUCAUCUGGACAGUGAGCUGAGGGGCACAAAAAUGGAAAUGGCUAGUCAGCUCAGGGAAUACCAGGACCUGCUGAAUGUGAAGAUGGCAUUAGAUAUCGAAAUCGCUGCUUAUAGGAAGUUGCUGGAAGGAGAGGAGACCCGUUAUGUGUCAGGUCUGAGUUCAUACUCCUACCUGGAGGGGAAGAUCACCUCUCACAUAAAAGAGGAGACGGAGGAGGCAGAGGAGGAGGGAGAGGAUGAGGGAGAAGGAGGAGAAGAAGGAGGAAAAGAAGAAGGAGGUGAGGAAGAGGGGGAAAAGGAAGAAGAGGAAGGAGAAGAGGCCGCUGAGGAUGUAGAGGGGGAGGCCAAAUCGGAUGAAGAGAAGGGAGGAGAGGAGGAGAAAGAGGAGGGCGAGGGGGAGGAGGAAGAGGAAGGGAAGGAGGAAGAGGGAGGUGAGGAGGAAGAGGCGGCCGCAGAGGAGGGAGAAGAUUCAAAGUCUCCCACCGAUGAAAAAUCUGAGGAGAAGGAUUCAACUUCACCGCCUUCCAAAUCUCCUCAAGCUAAGACCCCAGCUUCCAAGUCACCGGCUGCCAAGUCACCGGCUUCCAAGUCACCUGAGAGCAAGUCUCCCAAAACAAAGUCACCCGCUACAAAAUCUCCGGAAUCCAAGUCUCCUAAGACCAAAUCCCCUGUAUCCAAGUCACCGCCCACCAAAUCACCACCUAAAACACCUCAGCCCAAGUCUCCACCAAAAUCACCUGCACCGGAGAAGGCCAAGUCACCUACGAAGGCUGCCGGGUCGAAAACCGCGGGAAAGAAAGAGUCCAAGUCCCCUGCGGAGGAAAAGAGCAAGAGCACACCAGAGCCAGAAGACAAGAAAGCUCCUAAGCCCAAAGACAAGGAAGAGCAGGCUGAAGCCGAGGACAAAGACCAGGCAGAGGAGGACGCAAAGGAGGAGGUAGAGAAGGACGCGACCUCCAAGGCAGGUGACAAAAAGGACGAGCCCAAGGCUCCUUCAAAGGACACAUCACCAGCUAAGAAAGAGGAAGAGAAGCCAGCUGCUCCAAAGGACGAGAAGCCCAAGGAGGAGACCAAGCCUGCUGCCAAACCGGCACCGGAGAAGAAAUCUCCAGAGAAAGCCGAUCCCAAGAAGGAAGACAAAAAGGCGGACGAAGCGGAGGCCAAAGACACUCCCGCAGCUGCCACAAAAGAGGCGGCAAAAACCGCCGAGAAAGCCGAGAAGUCUUCAGCCACCGAAGCAAAGGAGGCAAAGGGCACCGACGAGAAGCCCAAGAAGUAAACGAUCCAAGUCCACAAGGAGUACAAAAGGGGGAGGAAGGGAGAGAAAGAAAACACCAAAGAGCCUUGAGCCACAAGGGUGUCACAAACUUCCGGUGAAAAGGACAAGCAAUAGUUUCAUAAAGCAAGGAAUGAUAGCUUCAAUGUAUGAUUGUAGUCAAUGCAGAAUGCUCUUAAAAAAUCAGUCAACUUGCUGGCUGUUCUAUCAAGUGCAUUAAAAUGUCCAAUUUGCUGGGAACAUCCAUGUCAAGAAAAAAUACUGAACGCACCACCCCUGAUAGCACUAUUACCCUGUACAAGCUGGUCAGGAUUCCUCUAAGAAUGUGAUAUGUUAAAAAAAAUAUAUUUGUUGAUAUGCAGAAGUAUAUUUACUAAUGAAUAAAUGAGUCUAUUUACUGAUAUUACAAAGCAAGGCGAGGCAAAAGUAAUGUUUAUCAUGCACUUUACACUGAACCAUGAAUGCAGUGAUACUCCACAACUUGAAUGCAAUAUAAUGCUGGGUGCUUUCACAGAAAAAGUGAUCCAUUAAUAAAGGCUGGGCCAGACAAACAU